UCUCGAUACGAAGUCGCGUCCAUAACCUCAAAAUAUUUUGUUUAUAUUUAUAAAUAACAAUAAACAUCUGAUAAAGUGUGAAACAGUGAAUAAAUGGAAUAAUUUGUGAAGUGUUGUGAUAAAAUUUAAUGUGAGCUUCGUAAUGAUUUGGUUUCGUUGAAUCGGCUCUUGGAUUGAAAUUGUUUCUAUUGAUGCAUUCGAUUGCAAUCACUGUGCAACUAGUCUUCAUCUAUGGGCUUAUUUACGAGGCGAUGCCAGGGAGCCUAAUCCUUAAUUUAUGACAAAUAAGGAAGAAAGCCAUCAUAUCUAAAGAGUGAAUCGUAAUGACUGUACCAAUGACAUGAAAUAAUUUAGUGACAAAAGACUGAUCAGUGCAAAAUGUCGUAUACGAAUACUGCUUGUUCGGACUUGGACACAAAGUUUACAUCAUUAGAGACGAAUGUCCUAAACUUGGAUGCGUCGAAAAAUGGCCUAGCGUUUGAAACGAAAAGUGACUUGGAGAGCCAAGGAUAUACAGUGUUUAAGUCGAGAUGGCUCAUUUUAGCUCUUUUCGUGUUGUUCUCCGCGUCAAACGCGAUGCAGUGGAUCCAGUACACGAUCAUCUCGGAUGUGGUGGUUAAGUACUAUGGUGUGAGCAGUGGGCUGGUGUCGUGGACGUCCAUGGUGUACAUGGUGACGUACGUGCCCCUCAUCUUCCCCGGCAGCUGGCUACUGGAUAAAACGGGUCUCCGAGUGACGACGAUAAUCGGUUCGUUCGGGACAUGUCUGGGCGCCUGGCUGAAGGUGUUCUCCGUACCCCAAGACAGGUUCUGGCUGGGCUUCACCGGACAGACCGUGGUGGCCAUCUCACAGGUGUUCGUGCUCAACGUACCUCCGCGGCUGGCGGCGGUGUGGUUCGGCGCCGAUCAGGUGUCGUCCGCCUGCAGCAUAGGCGUGUUCGGUAACCAGCUUGGUGUAGCUCUCGGUUUCCUGCUGCCGCCCAUGCUGGUGCGAGCUCAGGGCUCUAUCGAGGACAUCGCCAAGGAUCUCCAGUUCAUGUUCUACCUGGUUGCUGGAGUUACCAGCGUGCUCUUCGUCUUCAUACUGCUUUUUUUCAAAGCCGCGCCACCGACCCCACCGUCGGCGGCGGCCGACCACGGUGCGACCAUCGACUCCAACUUCUUCAGCUCCAUCAAGAAGCUGCUCACCAACCGCAACUACAUCCUGCUGCUCAUCUCCUACGGGUUCAACGUGGGCGUCUUCUACGCCAUAUCCACUCUGUUGAAUAACCUCGUGCUGACUUAUUACCCGAACGCAAACGCGGACGCGGGUCGCAUCGGCCUGGUCAUAGUCGUCUCUGGUAUGGUGGGUUCCGUCGUCUGCGGCCUUAUCCUGGACCGGACUCACCGCUUCAAGGAGACCACGUUGGCGGUGUAUGCCGCGAGCGUGGUGGGAAUGGUUAUAUUCACCUUCACCCUCAACUGUGGGUACAUCAGCGUGGUGUAUCUCAGCAGCGCUCUGCUUGGGUUCUUCAUGACUGGCUACCUGCCCGUGGGCUUCGAGUUCGCGUCUGAAGUUACAUAUCCGGAACCUGAGGGAACUACAUCUGGAAUCCUCAACGCUUGUGUCCAGGUGUUCGGCAUAGUCCUCACGCUGAUCUACGAGUGGAUGCUCACCGCGAUCGGCGACCGUUGGGCCAACCUGACUAUGUGCGCGCUGCUGGCCGUCGGCACCGCCGUCACCGCCGCCAUUCGCUCCGACCUCCGCCGGCAGGCCGCUAUGAAGGGGAACUAGACCCAAGCCUAAAAGUUAAAAAAAAACACUUAACUUUUUUUCAGCGGUUAGUUGCGUGAAAGUUGGUAGCGCUGUUCAGUCGGUGUUGCCACAUAAAGGGGAACUAGAUAUUAUUUUAUCUGUUUCAAUCCUGAAAUUCGAUUGUUUUUUGGUAGGUCACAGCGUGAUAUUAUAUGUUGGUGAAUGGUGAGGCUUCUGUAUCGUCAGGGCAGUCCCAAUCUUCGACAGGCUGAUGACGGAAAACAGCUGCAUAAUUCCAAAGGCUUUUAUAGAUAAAAAAGAUGUUUCAAAUUUCGGACCUGGACGAGAAAGCAUAUUAUAUAAAAAACAAUCAUAUAAAACGGGUACCUAGGCACUAAGCAUGUUGUCUGAAGGUCUGAUCAGGACAUUGUAUGUAAUUUGUCUCGUUUAUUUAUUUUUAUACAAUUGUAUUGAAUGUCAAAACUAACGACAUAUCAAGUCUCGGAUUUUUUAUUAAAAUAAGGAGCAUAUUACACAAUAUAUUUAUUCAAUGGGUAUGACUAGGUAUUUUUAACAAGCUAACCAAAAUAAUAGGUAUCAUUGCCCCAAUAGGAAUAAUAUUUUUAAAGCUGGUUUAAGAACAAGUUCUUUACAAUAUUUUAGAUAAUAAUUUGUGGCUGUAAUUAGCAUUUUAGCUUUAAUCUAGAUUAAAACGAUUUUAAUUGUUUUACCUAAGAAUAACAAAAAAUAAA